CCCCCAGCCCCGCUGCGCCGCCGGCCCCGCCCGCCCGCCGCCAUGGCCGGUAAGCCCCGCAGCGGCUGCGAGGCGCUCCGGGUGGUGGCCCGGUGCCGGCCCAUGAGCCGGCGGGAGGAGGCGGCGGGAUACGAGCGCGUCCUGGAGCUGGACGUGAAGCUGGGCCAGGUGAGCAUCCGCAACCCCCGCGCCGCCCCCGGGGAGCUGCCCAAGACCUUCACCUUCGACGCCGUGUACGACGCCAGCUCCAAGCAGGCCGACCUCUACGAUGAGACGGUGCGGCCGCUCAUCGACUCGGUGCUGCAGGGCUUCAACGGCACCGUCUUCGCCUACGGGCAGACCGGCACCGGCAAGACCUACACCAUGCAGGGCGCCUGGGCGGAGCCCGAGAAGCGCGGCAUCAUCCCCAGCGCCUUCGAGCACAUCUUCACCCACAUCUCCCGCUCGCAGAACCAGCAGUACCUGGUGAGGGCCUCGUACCUGGAGAUCUACCAGGAGGAGAUCAGGGACCUCCUCGCCAAGGACCAGAGCAAGAAGCUGGAGCUGAAGGAGAACCCCGAGACCGGGGUGUACAUCAAGGACCUCUCCUCCUUCGUGACCAAGAACGUCAAGGAGAUCGAGCACGUGAUGAACCUGGGCAGCCAGACGCGCUCCGUGGGCAGCACCAACAUGAACGAGCACAGCUCGCGCUCCCACGCCAUCUUCCUGAUCACCAUCGAGUGCAGCGAGACGGGGCCGGACGGCGAGGAGCACAUCCGCGUGGGCAAGCUCAACCUCGUGGACCUGGCCGGCAGCGAGCGCCAGAACAAAAUGGGCGCCCACGGAGAGCGGCCCAAGGAAGCCUCCAAGAUCAACCUCUCCCUCUCGGCCCUGGGCAACGUCAUCUCGGCGCUGGUGGACGGCCGGAGCACGCACAUCCCCUACCGGGACUCCAAGCUCACCCGCCUGCUGCAGGACUCCCUCGGGGGCAACGCCAAGACAAUCAUGGUGGCCACCUUGGGCCCGGCCUCCCACAGCUACGACGAGAGCCUCUCCACCCUCAGGUUCGCCAACAGGGCCAAGAACAUCAAGAACAAGCCCCGGGUGAACGAGGACCCCAAGGACACCUUGCUGCGGGAGUUCCAGGAGGAGAUCGUGCGGCUGAAGGCCCAGCUGGAGAAACGCGGGAUGCUGGGCAAGAAGAGGAGGAGGAGCAGCCGGAGGAAGAAAGCAGUGGAUGGAGAGGGCACCGUGGACAAUGAAGGGGAGGACGAGAAUGAGGAUGGCCUGGAGAAGACCAUGGAGAAUUACUUGAAGGAGCAGAAGGAGAGGCUGGAAGAGGAGAAAGCCGCUAUCCAGGAUGACCACAGCCUGGUGAGCGAGGAGAAGCAGAAGCUGCUCCAGGAGAAGGAGAAGAUGAUAGAGGACCUGCGGAAGGAGCAGGAGGCCACGGAGCUGCUGGCCAUCAAGUACAAGGCCAUGGAGAGCAAGCUGCUGAUCGGGGGCAGGACCAUCGUGGACCACACCAACGAGCAGCAGAAGAUGCUGGAGCUGAGGCGGCAGGAGAUCGCUGAGCAGAAACGCCGGGAACGCGAGAUGCAGCAGGAGAUGCUGCUGAGGGACGAGGAGACCAUGGAGCUGCGCGAGACCUACACGUCCCUGCAGCAGGAGGUGGAGAUCAAAACCAAGAAGCUGAAGAAGCUCUACGCCAAGCUCCAGGCUGUGAAGGCCGAGAUCCAGGACCAGCACGACGAGUACAUCCGAGUCCGCCAGGACCUGGAGGAGGCCCAGAACGAGCAGACGCGGGAGCUGAAGCUCAAGUACUUGAUCAUCGAGAACUUCAUCCCUCCCGAGGAGAAGAACAAGAUCAUGAACCGCCUGUACUUCGACGGCGAUGAGGACCAGUGGAAAUUCCAGCCGCUGGUUCCCAGCGGAGGGAACAGCUCCCAGAUGAAGCGGCGCCCGACCUCGGCCGUGGGCUACAAGAGGCCCAUCAGCCAGUACGCCCGGGUGGCCAUGGCCAGGAGAUCCCACCCCCGAUUCCGGGCUGAGAACAUCAUGUUCCUGGAGCUGGACCUGUCCCCCCCGGCCAUCUUUGAGUUGGAGCGCAGCAGGGACGCGGCGGAGCAGGACCCGCGGGCGCUGCACCUGGAGAGGCUGAUGCACCUGGACAGUCUCCUGGAGCGGCCGGCGGCCUCCCGCCUGCGCAAGUCCCGCUCCUGGUGCCAGACGCCGCGGUCGCUGCCAUCCUCCAGCACCCACAUGUCCCUGGCCUCCAGCUCCCCAUGUGCCACCCCUCUGCCAGGCCAGCAGUGACCUGCACGGGCACCUCGACCCGGACUGAGCCCCCGAGGGCCGAGGGGGGCCCGGCCCAGCGCCCAUCCCUGUCCUCAGCUCCUUUGUGUGUGUUUGUGCCGGACACGGAACCACGGAACGGCCCCGGGCCAGGGCGGCUGCCCCUCCCUCCCUCCCCCUCUCCCUUCUCCAUCCCCCUCCCUCCCUCCCUCCCUUCCUCCCUCCCUCCCUCCUUCCCUCCCUCCCUCCCCCUCCCUCCGCCCCCCUGAUCUGAUCUGUCACUUUAUUUAUUUAACCUAUUUAUUUAUGGAGCGGGUGACGCGCGGAGGCGGGACUCGUGCUCGGACUGAUGGACAUCCAGGCUGGCACUGGGCACCGUGCUGACCCGCCCAGGUUUGCCCAGCUCCAGCCCUCCCCACACUGCCCUGGCACUGGGCUGGGUAUGGGGACAUUGCCCUGGCACCGGUCUGGGCACAGGGACACCGCCCUGGCACCGGGCUGGGCACAGGGACACUGCCCUGGCACCGGGCUGGGUAUGGGGACAUCGGUCUGGGCAUGGGGACACCACCCUGGCACCAGUCUGGGUAUGGGGACACUGCCCUGGCACCGGGAUGGGUAUGGGGACACCGCCCUGGCACCGGGCUGGGCAUGGGGACACCGGUUUGGGUAUGGGGACACCGCCCUGGCACCGGGCUGGGCACAGGGACACCGCCCUGGCACCGGGCUGGGUAUGGGGACAUCGGUCUGGGCAUGGGGACACCACCCUGGCACCAGUCUGGGUAUGGGGACACUGCCCUGGCACCGGGAUGGGUAUGGGGACACCGCCCUGGCACCGGGCUGGGCAUGGGGACACCGGUUUGGGUAUGGGGACACCGCCCUGGCACCGGGCUGGGUAUGGAGACACCGGUCUGGGCACGGGGACACUGCCCUGGUACCGGGCUGGGCACGGGGACACAGCCCUGGCACCGGGCUGGGUAUGGGGACACCGCCCUGGCACCGGUCUGGGCACAGGGACACCGAUCUGGGCACGGGGACACCGCCCUGGCACCGGGCUGGGCAUGGGGACACCGGUCUGGGCACAGGGACACCGCCCUGGCACCGGGCUGGGCACGGGGACACUGCCCUGGCACCGGGCUGGGCACAGGGACACCGGUCUGGGUAUGAGGACACCGCCCUGGUACCGGGCUGGCACAGGCUCCAUCUACCACGGAGAUGUGGGACAAGGAGGUGACACCCGGGGCAGCGGUGGCAUCGCUGUCCCCUGGACGUGGCACACGGAGGUCACCUCUGUCACCUCCUGGUUGGGACAGAAUUCUGGUGGGUUGUGGAGGAGCGAUGUGGGGUGGUGGUGGGUGAGAGGGGGAGGCCCAGGACUGUGGGGUCGAGCCCUGCCCCAGCAGCUGUGGGAGCGCUCGGUGUUCUGCAAAGGUGGUGAAAACCCAUCCUGGUGGUGCCACCAGCAGCUCUGCUGUCCCUGGGCUGGUGGGGCUGGGGACAUCCCUGUCCUUCAGGAGAUCCUUGUGCUGAGGGAGCCAGCCCUGGCUCUCCUGGCUCAGCAGACAGGGGGGACAGCUCAGAGAGUGGGGAAUGUCCUCUGGCAGCGAGGAGAAUUCCUUCACAGGGUGGAUGAGGCUGGAAGGGACCCUGGAGCUCAUCCAGUCCCUGGGUUUCUCAGGGAUGUGUCCAGGUGGGUUUGGAAUCUCCCCAGGGAAGGAGACUCCAGCACUGCUCUGGGCAGGCUGCUCCCCUCAGGACAGGGGUGAGGGAGCAAGGCACGGGCCUGGGAUGGGUUCAUCCAGAGGGAACCAGGAGCUGUGCUGAGCUCAGAGCCGGGCAGGGCCCUCAGCAGCCGUGUCCCAUCCACACGUGGCUGUGCUGGGCCCUCCCCAUCCCUGCACUGCCACAGGGAUCUUCUCACAUUGCCCUGCCUCGAGUCUCCAUCAGUGCCCUCUGCCCCACCCUUCCUGUGCCAUCUGUGCCCCACAACACCCUCUGUCCCUCCAGAACCUCUGUCCCCUUCUCCCCCUGCCUGGGGCACCUUGGCAGAGCUGCAGGAGUGACAGCAGGGUCCCUUCCAUGCUGUGGGGUCAGCUCUGGCCACAGGGUGCCCCAGGGCAUCCCCCAGAGCGAACCGGCCCUGUGGAACCAUCCUGGGCCCGUGGAACCAUCCCGGGCCUGUGGAACCAUCCCGGGCCUGUGGAACCAUCCCGGGCCUGUGGAACCAUCCCAGCUGGACAGGGCUCUUGGAGCAGCCUGGGACAGUGGAAAUGUCCCUACCCAGGGCAGGGGUGGCCCUGGAUGGGCUUUAAAUCCCUUCCAGCCUGUGAUUCCCUGAUUCUGUGGAACACAGUGGCUGGGAGAGCUGGUUCGUUAUUUAAUUUCCUGGAAAGCAUCUGGGAGUCGGGGUCAGGAAGCACAGACUCAAUGAGGAGAAGCUUGGGGGACCUGCAGGAAUAGAAUUUCCUCCCUUUGCUGUUUUCCCAGUUCCCCUUCCGUGGAUCAGCAGCUCCUGUAGCCCCAAAGUGAUGAACCAGUGACCUUCUCUGGCCUCCCUUGUCACCCAGGGUGGGGAAAGAACUCAGGAGCUGAGGGUGCUGUGCCCAGGAGGGGUGGCUGUGCCCAGGAGGGGUGGCUGUGGUCACAGAGGGAUCCCCUGGAAGCAGAGCUGGGACCCUUCCAGCACCCCGGGGCCGCUCCUGAGCCUCCCUUGCCCGGUGGCGUUCGGUGUCCGUGUGUCCCCGGGGACCAGGGGCUGGGCCGGGGCUUCCUUUUGUUGUUGUUGAACUGUUCUUUUGGGGUUCAGGUUUGGCCGUUUUUCGGCGGGGAGGGGGGUGUGGGUCCGUUCCGGGUUCAUGGACAAGGCGAGGGCCUCGAUUAGGACCAAAUUUUCGUGCCUGUUGCUCUGGUGAUUUAUUUAGAAAUCAAAAGUUGACUGUCUGGUGGCCCAUCCUUGUCACUCUAUACAUAGGAAUAUACAGGACAUAUUAUAAAUAUAUAUAUAUUAUACAUAGUGGCUGGAGAGGCCGUUCCUGGCGGGAUGGACGCUCCUCGCUGGGCGGUAACACAAUAAAGGAAUGAAUAAAGGAAUGGAUAAAGGGAUGAAUAAAGGAAUGAAUGAAUAAAGGAAUGAAUAAAGGAAUGAGCAGCA